AUGAUUUCCCCUCACAACCCGCCUCGUAAGAUUCUCAUGGUGGUGACCGUGGGCGGCUUCACACACGCCGCCCCGGUGUUGGAAUUGGGAAGGAUCCUCUCACAAAGAGGACACACGGUGGAUUUUGCGACGCUCGACGGCCAGGAGGGUUGGACAAACGAUUACGAUUACAUUGGAAAGCUUCACUUGAUGGGCCCGGGCCCGUCGCAUGAGGAUCUCGAAGCGCACUACCUGCGCAUGCGAGAGUGGAACGUGUCUAACGGAGUUGGCCCCGUGAUGGAGUCGAAAUAUAUGUUCGACUCGUACUGGACCCAAACGUACCACAAUCUCAAGCGCAUCAUCGACGACCCAGCGACAAGACCAGACUUGCUUCUGGCAGACUUCUUCGUCGAUGCGGCAAAGGACAUUUUGUAUCAAUACAAUAUCCCAAUCGCCAUGGUGUACCCCCAGAUGCCCGCCCUGAUUUGUCCUUGCUCGUAUAUUCCCGGCCAACCGGGAUUCCAGCUCGAUGGCACUCUCACUUCAGAGCACGCGUCGAUGUGGUCUCGAAUCCGAAACGAGCUCGUCAUGGUCCACGCGUUGCCGUCCGUCCUGCGUUGGAUCAACUGGACCAAGAAGAUGCGGCGAGCCGCUGGUGUUAACUAUAAAAUACCGACCCCGAGCAAGCCAAACCACCUCGUCUUGAUCAACUCCUUCUUUGGUCUGGAGGUACCCAAGGACCUGCCGCCGCUUGUUUCAGUUGUCGGCCCCAUCCUCUCGGAUAUCUAUCCGCCGCUGGCCGACCCUUAUGAGGCUUUCCUAGCAACACACAAAAAGACGCUAUACCUAGCUCUUGGCACACAUAUCAUCAUUUCUAAUGUGGCUGCAGCCAAAAUUGUAAAGGGAUUGCUCACCGCCCUAGAUCAUGGGUAUAUCGACGGAGUUAUAUGGUCUAUCCCCACAUCCGGCCGCCGCGAUAUCAACAUGAGCGAGGAAUUCGCCGCCGACGAAAGCGGCAAAAGCAUCACGUUUGCCUCCCUCCUAAAGAGCGAGCACUCAUCGUUCUUGUUCACCAAUUUCGCGCCGCAACGCGCCAUCCUGGAUCACCCACACACGGUCAUCUAUCUAACACACGGGGGCGGCUCAAGCGCGAACGAAGGCCUCUACCACGGAAAACCGAUGCUGGUCAUGGGUUUCUUCUUUGACCAGAUAUCCAACGUGCCGCGACUGGUCGCGAGCGGAACUUCUGAACCGCUCGACAAGUUUCGGUUUACCGCCGAGGAGCUUUCUCGCAAGAUCGGGCUGCUCUCCGAGGACAGGGACGGUGCAUAUAAGCGCAACUGCGUGCGGAUGCAGCGGAUUGCGCGGACCGCCUCGCGCCGCAAGGAGCUGGGGGCCGAUCUCAUUGAGGAACUUAUCUAUGAUACCGAGGCGCGGUAUGAUGGCGAUAAAGAGCUGCGGCCGAUGCAUUUGCAAACGGCGGAUAUGCGCAUGUCAACCUUCAAGGCGAAGAACUGGGACCUGUGGCUUGUUGGUUUGGUGACUUUGGGACUCGCACCAGUGGCUUCGAUUGCGGUUGGAAGGUGGGCUUGGGGCGAGAGAAAGGCUCUGGGAAGCUUUGCUGGUGCGGUGAUAAAGAAGUGGAUAACUUAG